AUGGAGAUCUCCCGAGACCAUCCGGCCACGCCACUCUUGGGCGUCCACCCUUGUGGCCUCCAGUCCCCUGUCCGCUGGCCUGCAGCCCCAGUCCCCUUGCCUCUCACAGUAACAGCCGCCUGGCGCAGCAGCGGGGCAGCCACAAAUCCUCCCCUCUACGCCCUCUCCUCUAUUUACAACGGGCACACAGUAGCAAUUCAAUCUGAAAAAGUGCCGUGUUUUCGGAGGCGUGCAGCCCGAGAAAUUGAUGUUUGUGUUAAUCAAUCUUGUAGGAGCCUGCGGGGCUCAGAGAGACCGGAAGACAGACCCUCGGGCGGCGACUGCCCUCUUCUUCAGGUGCGGCCCUUCGGAGGGGCUGCAGGGCCAUUCUGCCCCCCAGCUGGCCUGGGGGAGGUGGUGCUGGGGGCCUAG